UGUGUUUGUUCAGCUCGCGACACUGUCGUGGGUAAUCCUCCGGCGGUCAGGGCGGGACGGACCGAAAGCCCGGCACCGAGGCGGAGACACAGGUGGGCGUGGGGUCUAGGUCUCCGGUGCCACCCACCGGCCGGUAUCCUAGUCUGGUUCAUGGCACUGGGUAUGUCCACGGCGCUGGAGUCCCGGGGACGCCGAGUCUGAGCAGCUGAUGGGCCAAGAGGCGGCGCCCACCUUCUGCUCACCUGAAUGCAGGCUCCUGCUCUGCAGUUUUGUUUAAGCAUACAUUCCUUUUGAUGUUGGGGAAAUACUGUGACCAAACACCUGCCUGUGAUCCUGAACAUGUUAGCCCAUGGGCAUGCUCUGUUGAUCCUCUCAGAGAAGAGUGACAGCCAGUGUGGAGAAGAAAACAGAGGGAGGGAGGGUUUCUGCUGUCAGUAACCAAAACAAGUGCCAAGUGAGCUAAGACACGUGAGUGAGAGGCAGAACUGAUUGGGAAUGGAUACCCAAAGAUCCUUGAGACAGCUUCACUGAAAGUGAGGAGCGGUGUCAGGCCCAGCAGCCCUGCGUUGACCCAGGGACACCCCUGGCAUCCAGAUCAGGAUCAUGACCCCUGUAAGCGACCAUGUCAUGGCGGAGAGCAUUUUUGACCUGGACUAUGCUUCCUGGAAGAUCCGCUCGACCCUGGCGGUAGCUGGCUUUGUCUUCUACCUGGGCGUCUUCGUGGUCUGCCACCAGCUGUCAUCCUCCCUGAAUGCCACCUACCGCUCUCUGCUGGCCAAAGAGAAGGUCUUCUGGAACCUGGCCGCUACCCGUGCAGUCUUUGGUGUCCAGAGCACGGCUGCUGGCCUGUGGGCUUUGCUGGGGGACCCCGUGCUCCACGCUGACAAAGCUCUCGGGCAGCAGAACUGGUGUUGGUUUCAUGUCGCCACUGCCACUGGAUUCUUCCUCUUUGAGAAUGUGGCCGUCCACCUGUCCAACCUGUGCUUCCGGACAUUUGACUUGUUUUUGGUUGUCCACCACCUCUUCGCCUUUCUUGGGUUCCUGGGUUCCAUGGCGAAUCUCAGAGCCGGCCACUAUCUGGCCAUGACCACUCUUCUGUUAGAGAUGAGCACACCCUUCACCUGCAUUUCCUGGAUGCUCCUGAAGGCUGGCUGGUCAGACUCCCUGUUCUGGAAGGUCAACCAGUGGCUGAUGAUCCACAUGUUCCACUGCCGCAUGAUCCUCACCUACCACAUGUGGUGGGUGUGCUUCCAGCACUGGGGCGCCCUCGUCGACAGCCUCUACCUGCCUCACUUCGCGCUCUUCCUCUGUGGGCUGGCCCUGCUCACGCUCAUCAUUAACCCCUACUGGACACACAAAAAGACCCAACAGCUUCUCAACCCCGUCGACUGGAACUUUGCGCCGCCGUCCGAUACCAAGGGCGGCAGGCAAGAAAGGACCAAUGGCCAGGUGCCUCAGAAAAAGAGGCUGUGAUGCCAGCGGACGCGUGCCCGGGGUUCAGCCGAGCUCUGAGCAGAGGAGGUUGUGUAGGUGAAUACUAACUUGUCCUUUAGCGUUAGUUCUGAAGUAGCCAUGAAGUAUUACUGGGACCUUGUUUUGCCUGCAGGAGGGCUUUGCCAUCAUGGUCAUCUUCUUCUUCCUCUGGCAUGGCCUCAGCCAUGCUGUGCCUGCCAGGUCGGGGUCAUGAAGGGAGACAUGGUGUGUGCAAGCUGCUGAGGAGGCCAGCCUGAAUACUUGAAAGGACUUCAUUAGGAAGGACCCGUGUGGGCCUGGACGAGUCAGCACACCCACAGCCUGCGUGCCUUAUCUGGGAGUCACGUUCUGUUUCAUUACAAAGAAUCGGCCUAAGAAAAUGUGAUUUGCUGGUAUUUGAAAAAAAUUUCCCAGCAUGUGGAAUUUUAAGCCAGUGGCACAGCACCACCCUCUAGUGGCAAGUGGCAGAAGAACACAGUUCUGGUGAGGGUUUUUCUCAAAGGCUGAAAGGUCCUAGAGUUUAUCUACCCUUCCUGGCAUGGGAUCUGGAUCUUCUAGCUAUUUCUGAUUGAUGAAAGUGGCUAGGCUAGCCCCAGUUCUGCUCUGUCAAUUUCAAGGCAGGCAGGGACUUUUCCCCUCUGGGCUGUGAGGGAUCCUGUACUUAGAGAUGCUCUCCCUGGGUUGCCAAGAACAAACAGCUUGCCUGAUGUAGGCAAGUGUUCUUUUUAGUGCACUGUUUGUGGGCGGGAUGUCCAGACACCAACUGUCCAUGCUACUGGCGGACACAGAAACUUUCCCUAAAAGUAUAAAUUAAAGUACAGUUUAUUUUUGUCAAAACUACCUUUGAGAUGGUAGUUGGUCUUGAAAAUCAUGUGUGACUUAAGCUUGCCAUGGAUCAUGGGCCUCAGCAUGUUUGGGAUACUAGUGCUUGAACUUUAUCAGAUGUAUGGCUCCUAUUUAUUUCAUCCUAAAAAAGUCUUUAUUUUGUGUCCCUACCUGGAAAUCCUGUAGCUCCCAUAUCUGCUUUGCACAGGCACAAGCCUGGCAGUUUUUAACUGGGCAGAAGUUUAAUAAAGUUAUGGUCAUUUUCAGAAGACA